GUUGCGGCUAACGUCGACAAACUUUGCAUCAAUGAUCUGUGAACUUCUUGCCGCAUUUGUGGAUCUGAUGGAAAAUAAGAAUGUUCUGAUGACUUGUCAAAAUACCGCAUUAAAACACUUACCAACUAUCAUUCCGCAUUUAUCCAUUCCUGGUGUCUUUGAUGUAGAGAAACUCACGUAUGGGUUGUUGCAUAAAUUAGUGAAUAUGAAUUUAUUUCGUAUUCUUUUGUGGAAAAUUUCGGUGAAAAUUUGUUUCAGCGACUUUCUCGUGCAGCUGUUGAUUAACCCUGGUGCGAAUAUUAGCGCAAGAUACCGUUUAAAUUUUGUUAGAGAUGUGGUUAACUCAGAUAUCUUUUUUAACAGUUCAAGCCGCGAGAACUUGCUACCCAAGAUUCUUGAUAAUGUCAUUAAUGAACUGGAAAGCAUGGAUUUUGAGAAGGCCAGGGAAGCGCACACAGAGCGCGGAAUGGUCGAAGAGUGUUCGAACGCGAGUGCGGAUAUCAUUUUCGAUAUACUGGAAAGACUUUUUCCUUCAGCUAACUUGAAUGAGGAGAAAGGAACUGAAGAAGAGUUGUAUUAUAUUAUUUCCAGAUCGUUUCGUACAGUUUUGCAAACGACAGUGGCCCUUAUAAAUGAAAAACUUCCUGCUGUAUCUGCUUUUUUUGUGUUGCGCUAUAGAAACAUUUUUGGGAGGCAUUACUGUUCUGCAUUUUGCGCCCUCACAGUCGCUCUUUUGGAUAAAAUGUCAGCCCAGAUGUACAAAAAUUAUAUUGAUAGUCUUACCACAAGAAUAGAUAAAUACGAUUUUUUAAUGGAAAUGGUCCACCUCUUUCGUGAUUUUAUUAACAAAUCGUCUUUUCCGUCUGCCUGGUUUCAUAUGUUUUGUCUUCAAAAUAAGGUAAUUUUGAAAACGAUGAGGUUUGUUAUGUCAACAAUGACUGAACACGCUGAAAACUUUGAUGCUGAGCUGUGGCGCGAAUACAUGUUAACGAUGGUUGCGUAUAGUACGCAGAAAGGUUUACAGAUUGGUUCGUCUGCUAUAAGCUUAAGACGAUCUCAGUUGCUUUCUUCACAGCCUGAUUUAAGGAGGAAAGCGGCCGCCGAUCUUCGAUCUGUGUGGUUCCGACUAUCUAUGACAAAUAAAAACAUCUACAUUCCCUCGCUGAUUGGAUCGUUUCUACAGGUGGCUUUGGUUGAUGAUGAUAUAGUUCGAGAAACCAUUAUCCCAAUAUUCUUUGAUAUGAUGCAGUGCGAAUUCUCAACUGUGCCAUUAGGAGAUUUUUCAAGAUUUGCUAGUGAAAUGAUUGUGCAACUAGACUGCCUUGUGGACGAAGAUAGAGGUUGUCAACGAUUUAAAGAACAGCUUUGUCGCAUUAUGAGAGAAAGAUGCUCUUCGGAUUCCCAACUUCGAGAUGAAGGUUGUAAGUUUGUUACAAAAUUAGGUACUUUGCUCCAGCAUUUAUUCGAGUAUCGCGAGGUCCGAACUAGCGGUUACAGUGUUGAAAAUGGUAUGAGCAGGACGGUGGAAUUACUUAAUUAUUAUAAAGAGAUUGGACAGCCUGAUCUGUAUAUAAAUUAUGUUUAUAAGUUAUAUGAUUUGCAUAUGCUGAGCAAUAACAAAGUGGAGGCUGCUUUUACCCUGUUGAAACACGCCAAGACGUUGAGUUGGACGGAAAGUGAGCUUCGCCCAGCUCUGUUGAAUGCACACCUAAAUCGUCACUAUGGCACUGAACGACAGCUAAAAGAAGCACUUUACGAAGAAGCGAUUGAUCUAUUUGACAGUAAAGAUAUGUGGGAAGAAGCCAUUUUAAUAAUCAAAGAAUUGGAAUCAGAGUACGGCAGUGGUUAUGAGUAUGCAAAAUUAUCUCAACUUUUGCAUAGGCUAGCGGGUUUGUAUGACAAGGUUAAUACCCAACCAAGAGUAAGCUGCACAUAUUACCUUGUUGGUUAUUUUGGGCUGGGGUUCCCAAAUUAUUUAAAUGGGCAGCAGUUCGUUUACCGGGCAAAUGAAUGCGAGGUUUUAUCUUCCUUUCAAAGCAGAAUGCUUUCAACGUUUCCCGAUACAACUUUGGUAACUUCUAUGGAUGAUUGUUCACAUCUUGCACAUGCAGAAGGAAGGCACUUGCAGAUAUUUCCAGUUGAGCCUGUAAGCGAGAUAUCUGCUAAUAAAAAUAAUAUUAACCGGCUGAUACUAUGGUAUUAUAAACACAACAGGGUGAGGCGAUUUGAAUAUCGUAGAGGUGAGUGCCGGAAGGGAACAAAAUGGACUAAUUUGAAAGAUAAAGAGAUCACUCGCUUAUGGGUUAUACGUCGUUACGUUAUUGUUAGAGAUUUGCUCCCCAACAUUUUGAAAUGGUCCCAAAUUGAAUGCUCACCUUUGGUAGAGGCUGUCAAUACAAUGCGAAAAAGUAAUGAUGAAUUAGAUGGGAUGGCAAAUAUCGUUUUAUUAGCCCCAGUGCAGUCAGCAGAUCCACUCGGCGGAAUGAUUCGUGGUAUUGUUCAACCAUUUGUGCAAGGAGGAAUAAAAAACUAUGAGGUGUUCUUUACAGAAGAAUGUGAAGCAGUAUUGAACGACGAGGAGAAAGAACUGGUUGAACAACUGAAAGAAUUAAUUAGGCAACAAGUACAAAUACUUGAGUAUGCUUUACAUGUAUAUGGUAUUCGUGGUCAGGAGGUGGAUCGCAACUUCUACGAGUCUCUUUUAACUUCUUUCCAAGAACAUAAGCGCGUUAUUGAGGAACAUCUUGGACCUGUUCCGUCUAGACUCAUCCCGAGUUAUGCUCUGAAUUUGCCUUCUACAAAUAUCGAUAGAAGAGUCAACAAUUUGGGAACAAUAAGCAGCCAAUCUGUUUCAAGUAUCACGGGAGUUUUUAAACGUGGAGGUCAGUAUACAACAAAAACUGGGAGGGCGACUCCAAGAAAAUCGGGUGGCUUUAAGGCGGAUUUGAAAAAUGUGAUCGAAAACAGUUUCACAAAAAGGAUUUCCACAGCAUCAGACAGGAGCAUAGAUAGCAUGCUCUCUGUGGAGCUCAGUCAGCUCUCUCAGCGAUCGCCGUUAGAUUUUCAACGUAUGGAUAGUUUAGUACGUACUCCGUCGUCCCCUGUAGUUGACUCCUCAGAAUUCAAAUUUUUAAGGCACAAAAAAUCUUUUCAACAACCGUGCCCACCACCUCUUCCUCCACGAGCAUCGUAAUU